AUGCCCUACAUUUUGAUAAGAGGGAAUCUUGCAUCGUAUGGGCAUAAAAACCCGUGGCGUGUUUUGGUAUCAGGCUUGAAAGCUGGCGACAUAGAGCAGCUCAAAAGAUUUGCCUGUGGAGGAUACUGCGACGACUCCACUAUUGUCUACCUACAACAUCCCUGUGUUAUUUUAAGUGCGUUAGAGGUAUUGGGUUACAAGGUUGUGGCCUCUAGUUCAACAGCAGUGAAACAGGACUAUAAUGAAUAUAUGUGGACUAUGCGAAAGGAAUUUUCUGAACCAGAACCAUCAAUAAUUGUGGAGCAGGAUAAUAUUACAAACUUCAGCAAGGAGGCUAUGCACCUUGGAAACUAUCAUCAUCCAGCAAAAGACGAUGAGGUUUAA